UCUCUUUUUUUGUUUUGUUUUGGUUCGGCAAUAAUUGAUUGUGCUAGUUUAUUUAUAAUCCAACCGUUCGAGAUUCAAGUUUGCAUUUAAAUAAUCUUUAAACAAAAUGAACUUUAUUCUUCUUUUAUCAAUUUUAUUUAUUCACAAUAUUUCACAAAACAAUGCUGAUGAAAAUCUUAUCAGCAAUAACAUUUUACCGGUUGUUAUGUGGCAUGGAAUGGGUGACACCUGCUGUUUCCCAUUCAGUCUUGGUUCCGUAAAGAAACUCAUCCAGCGAGAGACAAAUGGUACAUACGUAAAAUCUUUAGAGAUUGGAGGAUCAAUUUUAACCGAUUAUAGCAGUGGAUUUUUUAUUCAUCCUGACAAACAGAUUGAUGAUGCUUGCAAUCAAAUUCGUAAUGAUCCAAGCUUAGAACAUGGCUACAAUGCUUUAGGUUUCUCACAAGGUGGACAAUUUUUACGUGCUCUAGCACAGCGAUGUCCAACACCUCCUAUGAAUAAUCUCAUAUCUUUCGGCGGACAGCAUCAAGGAAUUUUCGGACUGCCCAAGUGUCCGUCGCUGAGUCAACCAACAUGUGAAUAUAUUCGACGAUCUUUGAGUUCAGCUGCAUAUGAAAAAUGGAUGCAAAAAGAUCUUGUACAAGCUACUUAUUGGCAUGAUCCUUUGAAUGAGGAAGAAUACCGAAAUAUGAGUACUUUCCUAAGUCCUAUCAAUAAUGCCUUGCAUAAAAACACAACCUACAUUCGGAAUCUUCAACAACUAAACAAAUUCAUAAUGGUUAAGUUCAUCAACGACACCGUUGUCCAGCCACGAGAAUCACAAUGGUUUGGUUUCUAUGCACCUGGUCAAGAUAAGCAAAUUCUCUCAUUAAGAGAAAGUGAAAUAUAUCUCAAUGAUGAUCUAGGAUUACAAAAAAUGGAUAAAGAUGGCAAACUUAUUUUCCUCGAAAGUGAAGGCGAUCAUUUACAAUUUACAAACGAAUGGUUUAAAACUAAAAUAGUGCCAUAUUUACUUGCAAAUUAAAUAUUUUGUUCAAGCAAUAAACAAUUUUCAAUAAAUGUUACAAUUUCUUCAGUUAAAUCACAAAAAUUACAAUACAUUUGAAGAUAAA